CACGCCAAUCAAAAACAACACCCCGACAUUUCCGCUCAACAGUAUUAGUUGAGUCCCAACUCAAUUGAUGUGUUUUGGAGAGCGUGAGGGAGGUGGCGACAGUUGGUGGUCCCCUUUUUUUUUAAAAAAAAACGUCCGUGUUUUUAAAUUUAAAGCCACGAUCAACCUUGAACGGUUUCAGCCUAUUGGAAAAAAAUUAUCAUCGUCGUCGUUGUUGCGGGUGGCGCCUGUUGGCCCGUCUGUUGAUGGACGCACCGAGAACGGCGGCGAGUGAAGGCAACAGCGGCAGGUUGCGGGGUUUGACAACGUAUUAGCUCAGGCUCCGAGGAGGAGGGGGGAACGACCAACAGCCACUCCCCGGGGAGUGGGGAGGCAGGGGAGGUGGCGGCAGCGCUGCUGAGCAGGCCUCGAGGGGGCUAGAGGACAGAGCUCCGGCCCUUGCCGCCAACACUAACUUCAUUCACCCUAUCAUCGACUUCACUUAUUAAAAAAACGUAUAAUUUCACCCCCACGCUCUUCAAUUCCCCCAUCCCUUUCCCUGACGGUUACUUUAAAUCCUAUAUUGGAUCGAAUUCACAAACACGCAGCUCAUCGCUCGCUGCCGCUAAUUUUUCUGCCGGUGUGAUCGCCAGUGUGUUUUCAAGAAGAUGUCGGCAGCGGCGGCAGUGGUGACAGCGGCGGAAAAAGUAGAUGGUUUCACCAGGAAAUCCGUGCGGAAAGCGGCCAGGCAGAAGAGGUCGCAGGGAUCGUCGCAGUUCAGGAGUCGGAGCAGCCCGGUCGAGAUCCUGCUUCUUCCACCUCUCAAAGAUGCUCCAAACGCUGAACAGCAUGAUCUCUUCUGUCAAAAACUCCAGCAGUGCUGCGUGAUUUUUGAUUUCAUGGACUCUGUUUCAGACUUAAAGGGUAAAGAGGUCAAAAGAGCAACGCUGAAUGAAUUGGUGGAUUUCCUCACCUCAAAUAGAGGUGUGCUUCUUGAACAAGCCUAUCCUGAAAUAGUGAAAAUGGUAUGUGACCUGUGCCCAUAA